AUGGUUACCGUAAUAUCCAAACUGUUAGGUCCGGUCGCGUACUCAAUGCCAAAUGGCGUCAAAGGCAGUCGUUUUGGCGAUUUAACGGACAUAACAUAUGACGGCCUAAUCGGCACCGAUUCUGGCCAUCUAUCAGGAGGUGUCGGACAACUGGUCGAUGGCAUCAAAGGACUCGAUAAUUACAAAAUCAAUAAAGCGUUUGAAUGGAUCGGUUGGCAAAACGCCGGCAAUCAAACCGUGGAUAUUGUGUUUGACUUCGAGUCGGUCCACAAUUUUACCACAACGAGUGUCAACUGUCACAACAGUUUCACCAGAAAUGUCCGCGUCUUCUCCACAGCCCACAUAUGGUUUAGCAUCGAUGGCAUCAAGUGGUCAACGGUUCCCAUUAAAUACACCUAUCAAUCGGAUAACACGCUGGAGAGGCCCAGAGAUGUGAUAAUACACUUGCAAUACAGGAUCGGACGGUACGUGAAACUGAGCUUCACUUUCGGCGCCCAAUGGCUACACAUUAGCGAAAUCACGUUUGACUCGCAGUCGUUAACCAACACAACGGCGGCCAAUAUUAGCGAGUUGUUUGACUUGGAGGACAACUUAGGGCUAAUCAGUAAUUUAAGUGUCAAUAAUAACUCGUUGUCUCCGAUGGCCACUCAGGACUUCGAUCAGAUGACAAUGAAGUACUCGCUGUUGAUCAUAACGCUGGUCACGUUGGGUGUAGUGGUGCUGAUGGUUGUGUCCUCAUUCAUGAUGCGCGCCUAUCAGACCCGUAAGGGUAGUGUCUUCCGGGAGAUAUCGGACACCGAUCUGGAAUCGGAGGCCCAGACGGUGACCAUGAAAGACAUCCCGAAGAUCACGACACCGCAGACGCUGCUGUACUGCGAGCCCAAAGACAUGUCGCCCGUCAGCGGUCUCAGCGGCUGCGACGACGAGGCCGAGUACGCGGUGCCGGACGUGAUCUGCGCCAAC